UUGUAGUAUCCUGUAUCAGUCCUUAAAUCUCAAUUUGCAAAGGCAGAGUGAACGAAAAAUAAUACUCUGAAAGUUAUUGAAGAAUUUCGCGAAUGGCAUUCGUUGUGGGCUCCCACAUCCCGCAAUUACAAAAACAGAAACGCUAAACGAGAUUUAAUUCAUGACCUUGCGUGUUUAUUCGACGUUUCCGAUAAGGAGAUGGACAGUAAAUCACAUAACCUGGGGUCACAAUUCCUCAGGGAAUUCAAUAAAUCUGUUUCUUUGAAGACAUCAGGUCCUGGAAGAGAAGAGAUUUGCUCAUCAGAAUGGUAUGCCUUCGAAUUGUUGCUCUUCCUAAAGGAUAUAAACAAACCAAGAACAAGUUUAUCCACGUUUGAGACAAUGGCAGCAACCAAGCGUAAUGCCGGGCUGACAUCUGCAGUUCCCAGAGCCACUCUUAAUGAUGAAGAAUUGAAAAUGCAUGUGUACAAGAAGACACUGCAAGCCCUCAUCUACCCAAUAUCCAGCACAACACCCCACAACUUUGUUCUGUGGACAGCGACAUCACCAACUUACUGCUACGAAUGUGAGGGUCUGCUUUGGGGCAUUGCAAGACAAGGGGUUCGCUGUACAGAAUGUGGUGUGAAAUGUCACGAGAAAUGCAAGGACCUGCUGAAUGCUGACUGCUUGCAAAGGGCUGCUGAGAAGAGUUCAAAACAUGGAGCUGAAGACAAAGCAAAUAGUAUCAUCACUGCCAUGAAAGAACGUAUGAAGCAGAGAGAACGAGAGAAACCAGAAAUAUUUGAACUUAUCAGAAACACCUUUUCAGUGGAUCCUGACACACACAUUGAUUCAAUCGAACAGGCCGAAGAAAUGGUAUUAGAGGGAACAUCCAAAUGGUCUUGCAAGAUCGCUAUCACAGUUAUCUGCGCCCAGGGUUUGAUUGCAAAGGAUAAAAGUGGAACAUCUGAUCCAUAUGUUACUGUACAAGUUGGGAAAGUUAAGAAGCGGACCAAGACCAUGCCACAAGAGCUCAAUCCAGUUUGGAAUGAAAAAUUUUAUUUUGAAUGUCACAACUCAUCAGAUCGUAUCAAAGUCCGAGUGUGGGAUGAAGAUAAUGAUCUCAAAUCCAAACUGAGGCAGAAACUUACACGAGAAUCAGAUGAUUUUCUUGGACAGACUAUUAUUGAGGUCCGAACACUUUCUGGAGAAAUGGAUGUGUGGUACAACCUCGAGAAGCGCACUGAUAAGUCUGCUGUGUCCGGUGCGAUUCGCUUACAUAUAAGUGUUGAAAUUAAGGGUGAAGAAAAGGUCGCACCUUAUCAUGUCCAGUAUACAUGUCUUCAUGAAAACUUGUUCCAUUCUCUAUGUGAAGAGAACAGCGGAAUGGUCAAAUUACCAACAGCAAAGGGAGAUGAUGCUUGGAAAGUGUACUUUGAUGAAGCAGCAGAAGAAAUUGUUGAUGAAUUUGCCAUGAGAUAUGGCAUUGAAUCAAUAUAUCAAGCUAUGACGCACUUUCAUUGCUUAUCAACAAAGUACCUGUGCCCUGGAGUGCCUGCUGUGAUGAGUACUCUUCUUGCCAACAUUAAUGCAUAUUACGCACACACUACAGCAUCUUCUGCUGUAUCAGCAAGUGACCGCUUUGCAGCGUCAAACUUUGGGAAGGAGAAAUUUGUUAAGCUGCUGGACCAAUUGCACAAUUCACUUCGGAUAGAUUUGUCAAUGUACCGCAACAACUUUCCAGCAUCGAGCCAAGAAAAACUAAUGGAUCUUAAGUCCACUGUGGAUCUGCUCACCAGCAUCACUUUCUUUCGCAUGAAAGUCCAAGAACUUUCUAGUCCUCCACGUGCAAGCACAGUUGUGAAAGACUGUGUAAAAGCAUGUCUUCGAUCUACAUAUCAGUUCCUCUUUGAGAACUGUUAUGAGCUUUACAACAGAGAAUUCCAGGUCGACCCAAAUGAAGCCAAAAGGGACCAAGAGGAUCACGGGCCUCGCCUGGAUAGUUUGGAUUUCUGGCACAAACUUAUUGCACUCAUAGUGUCUGUCAUAGAAGAAGACCGCAAUAGUUAUGCUCCUGUACUGAAUCAAUUUCCUCAGGAGCUCAAUAUUGGUCAGUUGUCUGCAGCAACAAUGUGGAGCCUUUUUGCUGUUGAUAUGAAGUAUGCUUUAGAAGAACAUGAGCAGCACCGCCUUUGCAAAUCAUCAGCAUACAUGAACUUACACUUCAAAGUGAAGUGGUUACACACUAAUUAUGUGAAGGAUGUGCCUCCAUAUAAAGGAUCGGUUCCAGAGUAUCCAGCGUGGUUUGAACCAUUUGUUAUGCAGUGGCUUAAUGAGAAUGAUGAUGUAUCACUGGAAUAUCUGCAUGGAGCAUUUACUAGAGACAAGAAGGAUGGUUUCCAGAGAAGCAGUGAACAUGCACUUUUCUCAAAUUCAGUUGUUGAUGUGUUCACCCAGUUGACGCAGUGCUUUGAUGUUGUUUCAAAGCUUGAAUGCCCUGAUCCUGAGAUAUGGAAACGCUACAUGAAACGUUUUGCCAAGACAAUAGUAAAAGUAUUGGUAGAGUAUGCUGACAUCGUCAAAAAGGAGUUUCCUAUUCAUCUCAAGGAGGAGCGAAUUGCUUGCAUACUGAUGAAUAACAUACAGCAACUGCGUGUACAGCUAGAAAAAAUGUUUGAAUCAAUGGGAGGUGAAAAACUUGAAGAAGAUGCAGCCAACAUCUUAAAAGAGUUGCAACAAAAUCUAAACUCUGCUUUGGAUGAUCUGGCAGUGCUUUUUGCAACAAGCCUGGAGCCUCGUAUAACAGCAAGUGUGAAAGAACUAGGAGACUUACUUUUAGCUAUCAAAGGAGGAGGGCAGGUUACACUGAAUCAGCCAUCUCAGAGACAUGCUGUGGCAGCAGAAGCAGAUGAAGUGUUGAGACCACUUAUGGAUUUGCUUGACGGAUCACUAUCACUGUACGCUGAAUCAUGUGAAAAAACAGUUCUAAAGAGACUGUUGAAAGAGCUGUGGAAAAUAGUUAUGAGAAUACUUGAGAAGACUGUUGUGCUUCCUCCAAUGACAGACAAAAGUAUGAUUUUAAAGAACCUCACAGAUAAUGCCAAGAAUUUGGCUGCAAAUGCGAAGAUUGAAGACAUGUCUCGUCUUUUCAAGAACCACAUGGCUGGAAAACAGGAUGUAAAAAACGCUCUUAGUGGAGUAAUGGACAUCUCAAAAGAAGUUGAGAAGAAUCUCUCGCCAAAGCAGUGUGCUGUGCUUGAUGUGGCACUGGAUACAAUCAAACUAUAUUUCCAUGCAGGUGGUAAUGGAUUGAAAAAAGCAUUCUUGGAGAAAAGCCCUGAGCUCCAGUCACUUCGUUACGCUCUCUCACUGUACACACAAACAACAGAUACUCUAAUAAAGACAUUUGUCACAACUCAGACAAAUGAAGUUCCACUUAACAACAAAUCAAACCUUAGACAACGUUCAAUAUCCAUUGAACGUGAAGAGGAAGAGGGAAUGGAAGGGCUAGAAGAGCCUCUGAAAGCCAAGAAACGUAGGGAAUCACGCCAAGAAGCACAAAGUAUUGAUGAGGGUAGUGUGGGAGAAGUUUCCAUACAGGUGGAUCUGUUCACUCAUCCAGGAACUGGAGAACAUAAAGUGACAGUCAAAGUGGUGGCAGCCAAUGACUUAAAGUGGCCCACAGUAACGGGAAUGUUCCGGCCAUUUGUGGAAGUUAAUCUCAUUGGACCUCAUUUAGCUGAUAAAAAACGAAAGCAUGCAACCAAAUCUAAAUCAAACAACUGGUCUCCAAAGUACAAUGAAACUUUUCAUUUCAUUAUUGGAAAUGAAGAGCAGCUGGAUUACUUUGAACUUCACAUAUGCAUCAAAGACUACUGUUUUGCUCGGGAAGAUCGUUUAGUUGGUGUAGCUGUAAUGCAGCUCAAAGACAUUGUGGAGCAGGGUUCAUGUGCAUGUUGGCUCUCACUGGGGAAAAGGAUACAGAUGGAUGAAACAGGUUGGACAAUUUUGAGAAUAUUAUCUCAGCGAACAAAUGAUGAAGUAGCAAAAGAAUUUGUCAAACUGAAGUCUGAUGUCCGGACGGAAAAUCCUUUACCAAACCCAACGUGAGAGUCCUGUGAUUGAUAGGUUAGUGAAUGGAAAUGACUCUUCCACCGUCCGGCAGUAUUUGCCACAAAAAAGCAGAAGAAAUGUGAAGUGAAAUGUGUGUGCAGUGAAGUUUGUUAGGUAACUAUGGCUUUAAGUGAGCUGGUACAAAUUACCAUUGAUCACAAAAAAUAAAUAAAUAAGUAAAAAAAUAAAAAAGAGACAGUAUAAAGAUUUGGAAAAACCAACACCAUUCCAUGUGAUUGCUAAUCGAAAGAAGGAAACUGCAAUAGCAGAAGUUUUUACAAAAGGAAUCGCACAUAAUAUAAUUACAGAAAUGAAGGAAAUGAAACAGCUUUUGUAUUUCAUUUACAAAUUAUCUUUUAAAGAAAAAAGUAAUAAAAUUUAUCCCAAAAAAUGCUUGUUUUGCUGGCUCAAGCAACAUACAAGACCAUAUUCUGAAUUUCUGUAAUCAUGGGAACUGUCAAAAGUUUUCAGCAAUACACAUAUGUGCUAUUGUUAAAUGUUUGGCGAUGUACAUGGCUUGAAAAGACUUUAUUCAGUGAAUGGAAAUUGUGACCAAGUGAUGUUAAUGUGCUUCAAGGACACAUUGUCACAGUUACCCAUGUGCUCUCCUCACAUUUUCAUAACUAGACCAAUGGUUACAAUGUAUACAUAAAAGACAAGAUGUGCUUUUUUGAAAAACUUUUGCAUCUUGUCUUGAAUGAAACUGCAUUUUAUUAUUCUAAAUGCUCCAACAAAGCACCAAUAAUGUGCCCCCUCAUUAAGUUCCAUGUGAGACAUUGUUAAAAUAUUUCAUGUUCUCUUUGCUUCAGAACACUGGUAUCCAACUAUUUCACUGUGAUAUUUUUGAGGCUACCUGCCUUCCAGCCUCUUUGACAGGUCAUAUCGACCACUUAAGAUCUCUAUUUCUCUCUUUAUCUUCCAUAACACAGUAAUAGCUUUUUAAAGAAAAAUGUAUGCUCAUGUGCGUAUGCAUGUACAUAAAAAUUAGAUCACUGAUAAAAACUCAGUCACAAAUGAUUUACGUAUUCUGUUAUCCUCAUCAGAAAUUAUAAAGCAGCAGUCAUGGAUCACUUUAUUUUUGUUACAGUGAUGUUA